AUGUUCUGGCGAAGCCCGCAAGUACGGGGCUUCUUUGACAACCAGUUCUCCCGGCCUGGACCUUUGCGAACACUGCGGAAGCAGCAAGGGAUUGCAUGGGUUUGCGCUGUCUUCUCCCUGCCGACCUUCCUGGUCUUGGUCGGGAACCAUCCAGAUGUUCAGGAGUGGUUCAUUCGGCACUACAGGCCCAUAGAGUAUCCUCCGCAGUCAGAUCCGUCCAUCAUCUACGACAUCUAUCAUGGGAGGUGUGCCACUGCCAACGGUUGCCCAAGAGUCAGAGUGAUGCACGGCAGAGGUCAUGCAACUAUCGCCAGCGCAUGUGGCAUUCAUGUUUCCGUCUGUUGCUUCCUCACGCCCGUUUCGAGGACACCUCGGAAAUCUGCAUGA